AUGGCAGCUCCCAGGAGGAUUACUUUUCAAGAGGCAGGAGCUCCAAAUUUUACAUUACCACCUUUCCAAGCACAUAAUCCAAAUCUGGGUGUAGAUAUUGAAAUAAAAAUUGCACUAAUUAAUCUAUUGCCGAAGUUUCACGGCUUACCUGCUCAAGAGCCUCUCAAGCACCUCAGAGAUUUUCAAAUAGCCUGUUCUACUGUUAGGCGUAAUGGUGCGACUGAGACUUCUAUUUUGCUAGCCGCUUUUCCGUUUUCUCUUGAGAAAAAAGCGAGGGAGUGGUACUACACUCAACCGAAAGCAGUUGUUACUAACUGGGAUAUGCUCAGAAGAGAAUUCCUAGAAAAAUACUUUCCAGCUGAAGUUACUGAUAGACUAAGGAAAGAGAUUUCAAUGAUCAUCCAGGGCAAAUCCGAGACUCUCUACGAGUACUCGGAGCGCUUCACUAAUCUCCUAGACCCAUGCCCCCACCACAUAAUUGACAAGUUGGUGUUGAUCAGCUACUUCACACAAGGCAUGAAGCCUCAGGAUAAGACUACAUUAGAUUGUGCAAGCAAUGGUUCUCUGAAAAAGUACAAGACCACAGAUGAAGCAUGGCAACUGAUCGACGACUUGGCUGAGUAUGCUCGAACUCACAAGUGCAACAGGAAUAACCACCCCAAGGCCGUGGCAGAGGUUUCCUCUUGCAACGAGAAUACUGCUCUCACACAAUCACUAUGUGAGAUGACCAACCUACUGAAGCAGAUACAUCUGGGCCAACAACAGUCUCAACUUCCUUCACCACAACCUAGUCAACAACUGGUUCCUCAGAGAGUAUGCGGAAUAUGUGCUGAUUAUAGUCAUUACAUUGAUGAAUGUCCACAGCUCCAACAUGAGGACAAAACCUUGGCAGCUACUCAUAAUUUUUAUGACUGCCCGAAUCAAGGAUACUAUCAACAAGGCAGCAACUAUAACCAGGGUGGAAACUUUAACCAAGGUUGGCAGGACAACUCCAACCAGGGUUGGAGAGAUAAUUCCAACCAGGAAUGGAGGGACAACUAUAAUAGAGGAGGCAGAGACAACAAUAAAAAUCAGAGGUGGAAUAAUAACAACAGACAGCAGAAUUAG